CAACCGGAAACGACUUUCUUCUGUUUGACCAAGAGGCAAGAAGCAGAAGGAAGGAAGAGAAGCCACCAUUGUCGACGCCCCCAUCAAAAAAUAUGAAAGGCCUUGCUACUGUUUCUUUGACCUUUGCGUCUUGCGCUUAUCCCUCCCUGUCUAUUUCUCUUGCCUUCGUUUUCUCUACGGGACUUGGAGACUGCUCCGUCUCCCUCAAUCUACAAUGGGAAACUGCUUCCGAAAACCCGCAAAGUGUGCUCAUGCUUCGUCUUCCAUUUUUUCCGGAAAUGAAAAGCCUACUCGUAAGGCAAAGCAGGAUUCGACAACUUCCAGUGAGCAAACACCUUUGGGAAAUUCGAGCACAUCCUUUAUAAUAUCCAAGGCUGAUACAUCUCUCAACGGCCAUCCCAAGUCCUUUGUAUUUAGUGAUCUCAAGAAUGCAACCAAGAGUUUCCGCCCAGAAAAUUUACUUGGAGAGGGAGGGUUCGGGUCCGUCUUUAAAGGAUGGAUUGAUGAGAACACUUUCGCUCCCGCUAAACCAGGAACUGGGAUAGUAGUUGCAAUAAAGAGACUCAAGCCAGAGAGCUUUCAAGGCCACAAGGAAUGGCUAGCAGAAGUUAACUAUCUAGGGCAGCUUCACCAUGAAAAUCUCGUGAAGCUCAUUGGUUACUGUUCAGAGUCUGAGAACAGGCUCCUUGUAUACGAGUUUAUGCCUAAAGGAAGCUUGGAGAAUCAUUUAUUUAGAAAAGGAGUUCAACCUAUUGCUUGGGCUACACGAAUGAAUAUUGCAGUUGGUGUUGCACGAGGAUUGGCCUUCUUGCAUAGUUUAGAUGCCAAUGUAAUCUUCCGUGAUUUAAAGGCUUCGAACAUUCUACUUGACUCGGAUUUCAAUGCAAAGCUUUCAGAUUUUGGUUUAGCAAGGGAUGGACCAACAGGAGAUAAUACCCAUGUUUCGACCAGAGUUGUGGGAACCCAAGGAUAUGCUGCCCCAGAAUACGUAGCCACAGGUCACUUGACUCCAAAGAGUGAUGUUUACAGCUUUGGCGUCGUCUUAUUAGAGUUACUGUCAGGAAAACGGGCUAUGGAUGAUGAUAGAGCUGGAUUUGUAGAAGAAACCUUGGUGGAUUGGGCGAAACCAUUUUUGAGUGACAGCAGACGAGUUUUGAGGAUUAUGGAUACCAGGUUGGGGGGUCAGUACUCCAAGAAAGGGGCCCAAGCUGCAGCUGCACUUGCAUUACAAUGCCUUCACACAGAUCCCAAGAAUAGGCCUUCUAUGGUUGAUGUUCUAUCCAACUUGGAACGACUCCCCUCAUCGAAUGUUGUUUCCAGGAGCGCCCAAGCUAAGGUUGAUCAUCACAGGGUCAAGCAUUUGAGUCACACCCACUAGACAACAAUUGAACUCAAACAAACUAUGUAUGCAUGCAGAUAGCCACUUGGUUCUUUUGUUUCCUUCAAAUAAAUAAAUAAAUAAAAUUGGAAGGCUCAUUGUUAGAGAA